UCUACUGUAUGGCUUCUACUUUGUGAAAGCAGAUAGGCGGCCUCAACAACUAAAGGUGUUGAAACAAUGGGUGGUAGAGAAGAGCAUCCUGUUUUUAAGAGUAUAAGCAGUUCUCCUGAAUUGUUUGUGGUGAUGGAGCUUCCAUUUAGCGCAUGUCACAUGUCUCCGUGUUCCAGAGAGAGCAAUGUGAACUCGGGAUUGUAUUUUAGCAUCUUCUGACAUCUAAACUACUAAGCGAGCAAGGAGCAAAAUGCCUUAUUCCAGUUGGUCUUGGCGAUGACGAUCAGUGCAUGAAGAUGAUUUGCUGCUUGGAGAGAAUUAGUGUGGCCUGAGUUAAAUCUAUUAGUCCGAGAUGAAGAUGAUAUAAGUCCUGUGUCCAUUCUUCGAAUAACUGUUAUCUUUGAAUAUAGAAGUCAAUUUUACAGUUCAGCAAGAGCUGCAUACACUGGAGCCUGAUCGUUCCUGCAUACGUCUGGAGUUGGACACAUCAAGCACUGGUAUAACAUAUGAAGCUGUAGAUCUUGUGGGUGUUUAUGCUGAGAAUUAUGAUGAAACUGUUGAGGAAUCAGGAAAGUUGUUGGGUCAACCCAGUAAAGUGAAUCUAGUAGAGUUGGGUCCUAGACGAGAACUCUCAUGACUGAUCUUCUUCGCAGUACAUCUAAGUUCAAAAACUUCACAAGAUCAUUGCAAAUACAUAUGGUUGAAUGGAGUCUGACAUUACAGAAGUUUCAGCACAAGAACUUGAAAUGUGUGAACGAAGACAUUCACAAUGGCAAUGUCGAUCAAAAGGGAUCCUUGGCUUUCCUCAAUUAUCUGGCACAGCUGAUGUUUAAAUCCACAAACAAGUGCAUGUCUCCUAAUUUCAGUUUAAUUGGUGUUUAAAUGACAUCGGGUGCUCUAGUCAUGGAUUCCUUCCUCGGUAAUUUGCAAGAGGCUAUCUUUACCAUGGACCUAAAAAAAAAUCACACAGAUGGAGGCGUUGUUUUGCUCAACAAUGGUGAGGUUUCCCUUCUUACUUGUACCCAGGACUCUUGGCAGGAGAAUUGUUCAAUGGCAUGGGUUCUGCUUUCUGCAAUCAGACAGUCCCUCCUGUUGCACCAAGGAUUUCUCCCCACUGUUGUGUUACCUCAUCUCAUCCACAGGUGGGCCCACUUGGGACUGUCACCCAUGCAGUUUCUGGACUAAGUCCUUUGCCAAGCCCCAUUCAACUUACUGCCACAACCUUACCUAUUACUGGAAUCCAAUAUUUAGAUGUUAGGAAUUUGGAGGUAUUAAGAGCAAAAACUGUAAAUGGGAGGUUGGAGAGAACAAAAAAUGUUUCACUUGUGAAAUCUGAUCCGGUGCAUGCAAAAGUAAAAGGGGAUUCAUUGGUGAAUGGUUCAGAUAUUCAGCAAUCCAUGCUUUCAACUGCUUCACACGCAGGAACAUCCAGAUCGGGAGAAAAUCAAACACAGGUGGGUGAAUCCACAAAUAGAACAUUGGAUGAAAGCACGACGAAUAUUCCUUAGAGAGCAUCAACUGAAUCUGAGUCGAGAAUUACCGCAAAGCGAUCAAUGCUACUCAGAUGCUUGGAUCUAUAAUCAAGUCUCUCUGUCCAGUCCGUGUUAAAGCUACUGAUAUAGCCAAUGCAGUUCUUUGUGGGUCUGACUGUGAUGCUGAGUGGAGUGAGUGCAUCAAGAGCCUCCAGAGAUGGUCCAAAUACAGGCAAAUGAUGGAACUACACUGUAUGGAGCUUUGUAUAAACUCGAUCAAACAAGGUUCGGACCUCCACCAUGCAAAACCUUGAUCGCUGACUAUGGUGGUCCAAGCGCGCAGCUUGUUUGUGAUUUUUGGGAUGAAUACAGUUGACAUGAGAGUCCAAAAUUUACGUAGCUGAGACACCCUAGUAUGGAGGUUAGAUAACAGAAGGUUACACUUCUGCAUGGCUGCAUGGCCAAAUUCUUAGAGAUUCUUCAAGACAACAAGGCUCCAGAACAGGCUGCAUUUUCAGUCUCUCAAAAGAAUGCAUGGUCUCUGCAGUGUGUGCUACAUUGAAGUGUAGGAGCUCCGGUUUGGUUUGCUGAUUGGAAUGCACAAUCUAAUGUCCAUGUUCUUGAAUUUCUGCCACCAUUGGAGAAAUGUUUUGCUGAUGGCGACAUUAGUGGUGAUGAUAACUUGAAACAGAAGUGGGCUCUUGUUUCUCGCAGUGAGGGUGAUCCAUUUAUGGUGAUCCUUCUGUUCUUCUCCGAGCUUUCCAUGAACUGAUGGUCUUCUUCAUGGAGAGCAGAAGUAGUAGAAAGUUCUGGAAGUAAAAAUCAAAUUGUAUAAGGCUAAGGCUUUAUCAUCCAAGCUUUUGAUAAACUGGUCUGAAGAUGCGUGCAAAAGGAUUUCCUCUUGUUGGAAGCAUUAUGCCAUGCUGCUGCACUUGGAGGAUAAAAACUUUUCUCAGCAAUACAGACUUGUUGGAUGACGGAUAGCAGACUUGUGGAGCUCACACUCUUCCCUGAAGCUGCAAUCAACAACACCUUGGCAUCCCUAGGACCCACUCUUGCAUGGUUUGCAUGGCCACCUUUGGUGUGCCAUUUUCAAGCUCACGUGUACCUUUGCCAAUUGUGCGGAAUUGGUAAUUUGACCAAUUUGAUAUGGCUGGACCUGGGAGCUAAUGACUUAACAGGGUCGAUUCCAACUACAUUGGGACAGCUACAGAAGCUCCAACGAUUGUACAUUGCUGGAAAUAGAAUACAAGGAUCCAUUCCAAAUGAUCUUUGCCAUUUGAAGAACUUGGGAUACUUGCAUUUGAGUUCUAACAAAUUGUCUGGAUCAAUCCCAAGUUGUUUUGGAGAUCUUCCUGCGCUACGAGAACUCUCUCUUGACUCCAAUGUGUUAGCUUUCAACAUUCCUAUGUCCUUUUGGAGCCUUAGAGAUUUGUUGGUUCUUAGCUUGUCUUCAAAUUUCUUGACUGGUAAUCUACCUCCCGAAGUUGGAAACAUGAAGUCCAUUACAACAUUGGACCUGUCAAAGAACCUUAUUUCAGGUUACAUUCCAAGAAGGAUGGGAGAACUACAAAAUUUGGUUAAUCUUUCCUUGUCCCAAAACAAACUACAAGGUUCAAUACCUGUAGAAUUUGGUGAUUUGCUAAGCUUGGAAUCCAUGGAUCUAUCCCAGAACAAUUUAUCUGGAACCAUUCCCAAGUCAUUGGAGGCCCUUAUUUAUCUCAAGCAUCUAAAUGUUUCUUUCAACAAACUACAAGGAGAAAUUCCGAAUGGAGGACCUUUCGUAAAUUUCACUGCUGAAUCGUUCAUCUUCAAUGAAGCCUUAUGUGGAGCACCUCAUUUUCAAGUCAUAGCAUGUGAUAAAAACAACCGCACUCAAUCAUGGAAGACAAAGUCAUUCAUCUUGAAAUAUAUUCUACUACCAGUCGGAUCAACAGUAACUUUAGUGGCUUUCAUUGUUCUGUGGAUACGUAGACGAGAUAACACGGAAAUACCAGCUCCAAUUGAUUCAUUGCUUCCUGGAGCACAUGAAAAAAUUUCACAGCAGCAACUUCUUUAUGCAACAAACGACUUUGGUGAAGACAAUUUGAUUGGGAAAGGAAGCCUAGGCAUGGUAUACAAAGGGGUAUUAUCUAAUGGCUUAACUGUUGCUAUAAAGGUUUUCAAUUUAGAAUUCCAAGGAGCCUUGAGGAGUUUCGAAUCAGAAUGUGAAGUGAUGCAAGGGAUCUGCCACCGAAAUCUUAUCAGGAUAAUUACCUGUUGCUCAAACCUUGAUUUCAAAGCAUUGGUGCUCGAAUAUAUGCCUAAAGGAAGUCUUGAUAAGUGGUUGUAUUCUCAUAACUAUUUUUUGGAUCUCUUCCAAAGAUUAAAUAUUAUGAUAGAUGUAGCAUCGGCAUUGGAGUAUCUUCAUCAUGAUUGUUCGAGCCUUGUGGUGCAUUGCGACUUGAAGCCCAGUAAUGUUUUGCUAGAUAACAACAUGGUUGCUCAUGUGGCUGAUUUUGGGAUUGCAAGACUCUUAACUGAAACAGAGUCUAUGCAGCAAACAAAGACCUUGGGCACAAUAAGCUAUAUGGCACCAGAGUAUGGCUCAGAUGGGAUAGUAUCCACAAAGGGCGAUGUUUAUAGCUAUGGGAUCUUGCUUAUGGAAGUAUUUGCAAGGAAGAAGCCUAUGGAUGAAAUGUUCAUUGGGGAUGUAACCUUGAAGACUUGGGUGGAGUCAUUAUCCAGUUCAGUGAUAGAGGUUGUUGAUGCCAAUCUAUUGAGAAGAGAGGAUGAAGACCUUGCCACAAAGCUGAGCUAUUUAUCCUCACUUAUGGCUUUAGCUUUGGCAUGUAUAGCUGAUUCACCUGAGGAGAGGAUCAACAUGAAAGAUGUGGUAGUUGAACUCAAGAAGAUCAAAAUCAAACUGUUGAUGUAAGGAUUACUUCAAAAGAUGGGAUGGAAUUUAAGAACAUCAAAGUGUUACACAAUACUUCAUGUCAAUAGUUCAAAGGAAGUCGGAAGUCGGAAGUCGGAGCUAGUUAAGAGUACACAAAACAACACCCUUGGCACUAUUAGGUAUAUGUAUGUCAUGGGUAUAUAUGUUUGAUUUUCUUUGGUAUUUUCCAUAAGACAACCAAUUAUGAGAAAAUAAUUUUCCAUACUGUUUUUUUUUUCUUUCCUUAAUACUUCCCGAGACCCAAACAUAAACUAAAGGAAUCAUGGUAAUAGAUUAUCUCAACACAACUACCAGUUGAUCAAAUGACCAUGA